AUGCUGCUGGUGCUGCUGUUGCUGGCGCACGCGGCGCACGCGCAGUACGAGGCGACGAAAGAAGAUGGCGUCGACGUGUUGACCACGCCCAUGCACGGCGAGGCUUGUGGAUACGCGAGCUGCCUUCCCAUCAAGCCGGGCUGGCUGAACGUGCACAUCGUGCCUCAAACACACAGCGAGCUGGGGCACGGAUACAAUUUCCAUCAACAUUUCACGGGAGAGGACCCACCCUUCCCGAAGAACACUAUCAAUAUGAAGAGGAUCCUAGACGCCAUACUCACAGAAUUAUGGAACGACGACAGUCGCAGGUUCACACUAUCGGACACGGCGUAUCUUUUUCAUUGGUGGAAAAAUCGACAUCCUUCAGUCCAUCGUAUGAUGUACCAGCUGAUCCGUCAAGGCCGUCUGACCAUCGUGGGCGGUGGUCUGGGGGUCAGCGACGAAGCCUCCACCAGCUACCACGCCAUCAUCGACCAGUUCAGCUACUCACUCAGGAAGCUGAAUUCUACGUUCCGCGCAUGCGCGCGCCCUCUAGUGGCGUGGGCGGCAGACGUGUAUGGACAUUCGCGGGAGUUUACCUCUCUCAUGGCACAGAUGGGAUAUGAUGCGUUAUUCAUAAACCCAAUCAGCUACGACGAGGAAGUGGCACGCAUGCGCAGAAAAUCAUUGGAGUUCUUGUGGCGCGGCAGCGAUGACCUUGGUGCGUCAACGGAUAUGUUCACUCACAACCUUUUCGACGGAUACUGGGCGCCCCCUGGCUUCUGUUUCAGCAAACUGUGUACCGAUCCACUGCUGGUUACAUCCAGCAGACUCUUUUCCGACUUAACGGACAGGGUGAAUAAGUUUAUCGAGAGCGUGCUGUACCGCCAGGCGCCCAACUUCGAGACGCGAAACAUUAUGGUCAUCAUGGGACAUCGGAAGGCCUACUCGGAUGCGAACGUCUGGUUUGAAAACAUCGAGAAACUAAUCGCUCACACAAAUUGGAGAGCGAACCAGAAGAAACUCAACGUAACUAUGUUCUACUCGAACCCGCCGUGCUACCUCGCCGCCGUCCAUGACGAGAUCCCAGAGUUGGAGACGAAACAGGACGAUUUCUUCCCGUACGUGCACGACAAGGACAGCUAUACGGUCGGCAUGUACUCUUCGAGGCCUACUUUCAAGUACCUCAUCAGGGAGGCGCACAUCUACCUGCAGAUAGCGAAACAAAUGCAGGUUACUGCCAAUAUGGGCCCGUAUACAAACAUGUUUGAAGACUUCAACUGGGUGAUGGGGGUGGUCCAAGACCACAGUGUGGCGCCCGGGGUCCUACGGGACCGGGUCAAGCAGUACUACACGACCAGGGUCGACGCGGCCCUCACCAAAUCUAUCGACUUCAUUUCUAAAGCUUUUACUAAGCUACGCUCGAGUCCUGAGCAUGUGUCGUACUACCGGUGCCAAUUCAACAUAUCUUCGUGUUUUGGGUCGCGGUUUAUCAAGUAUAGCAUCCAGGUAUACAACCCGCUCGGCUGGCCCGUGACCACGCCUGUGCGGUUACCCGUCUAUCCCACCAACAGCGUGUUUAAAGUCUACGACCAUAACGGCGAAGAAGUAAAAUCAGCGACAAUAAGAUUGCCAGACACAAUAUUGAGUAUUCCAGGUCGCCCAAAAGCGGACUAUGAAGUGGUUUUCAUUGCAGCCAACAUCCCACCGGUGGGGUUCCGCUCCUAUUAUGUCGAAGCACAGUUCAUUAAAGGUAAAAUGCUAGUUAAAAGGGGCCAAAGAAGUGAAGAAUAUGUGGAUGAUACAGAAAAGAAAACUUUACCACCUGAUUGGAAAGAUAGUAAACAAGAAUUUAGACCAAGGGAAAAUAAACAAGAAAUGAAAGUAUUAGGUUCAGAAGCCAAGAAACGAGAAAAGAAGAUGAUUGCAACUAAAGCAAAUAAUAUCCAGAAUAUUACUAAACAUGAGAACGGAAAAAUGCUAACAGAUGUAUUGAAAGAUACUGCAAAUAAUUACAUGAAGGAUAUGAUUCAUGUUGACGCCGUAGAUAACAUAGAAAGUACUACAGAAAGUGAAUUCAUGCUUCCGAUGCUAAAGGGAUUUACUACAGAAAACAGAGUCAUGCUUCCCAUGCUAAGAGACUUUUUACAAAAAUCUAAAGUUCUUAAUAAGUUAGAUUUCAUUGACAGUGAAAGAGAACUGUUAUCAUCUCAUGAGUUAAAAUACGAACCUGUUAAAGAGACAGAAUUUGACACUACAUAUACAACUGAAGCAGAUAUAAAAAUCCCUUUUAAAAGUGAAAUACAAGAUAUAAUGGUACAACCGGAUAUUAGAGUACCUAUUGUUCGUCCAAUAAAGGGACUAAAUACACAAAUACCACAUCGAAUAAAGCCAGAACCAGAUAUAAGAGUAUUUGCGCCGGUCAGAGACAGAGCAGAUGUAAAGAUAUUAUUAAAUACAGAUAUAAAAGAACCAGUUGACAAAUCCGCAGUUAAUACUAAGGCAAGAAAAUGGUCAGAAUCAGAAUUUGAGGUACCUAAAAGAGAAUCAUUAGAGAUAGUUCCCGUUCAAACGACUUCAACGUCUGCAGUAUAUGCAGCCGAAUGGUCGAGCACAACUGAAUCAGUAUUAGUAGUACCAGUUAGAAAAAUGUGGGAGCAAGUUACAGUUGAAACAAAGCUGAAACCCGAAAUGAAACGUCAAGAUGCUGUAACAAAAAAGAAUGAAGAAAUUCCAGAAUAUACAACUGAAUCUGUAAAUACGCCAGUUGAUGUAACACAGUUAGAAAAGAGACGAAAAAAUGAAAUAACGCAGCCUUUUAAUAUAGAAGCGAGUAGAAAUACAGAUACACUUAUAGAUACUGACGCGAUAGUAGACACAGGUGCCCCUAACGAAGACAUUGAGCAAAUUGAAAAUUCAGAAAGGUUCAGAGCAUACUCACUAACCACUGAAGAGUCAGAAAGGUUAUUUCCAUUCUUACAAACUACAGGAGAGACUGAGAGAGUGCCAAAUGAACAAAAUAUUGAAUCAAGCACUAGCGUCGAACCUACUACAACUCAGAGUGCCGCUGACAUGUCUAGUUCCACGGACAAUAUUAGAACUACUGGAGCAAAUGGCGAUAAACUAUUUUCUGUGUCUCCGAUUGCAUUUAGAAAAAGUUUUCCUGCUGCUGAUAUCGCUGAUUCUAAUGAAAAGUAUUUCAAAGUAGAUGAUGGAAGCCGACUGUUCAUUGGAAAUAAGUACGUCCGCGUGAACCUGGACCAAAGACGCCGUGUAACCAGCAUCUUCCUCCGAAAUGGAGUCCGAAUCAACCUUGAGAUAUUCAUGUUCCACUACGUAUCCGACGACCCCGCUAAGUUUGACAUCAGAACUGUCCCGAGGAGAGACAUUAAGCCACCCGGAGCGUACAUCUUCAGGCCGAUCGACCCUUACAUUAUUAGGUCGGAGGAUAAUUAUGACGUCAGCAUUGUAAAGACAGAUAUAGUUGAAGAGAUGCGUAUCACUUUUAGCAAUUGGACGUCUUUGCAGAUGCGGUUGUAUGUGGAUAGUCCGGUUAUUGAACUGCACUGGUUGGUCGGCCCAGUCCCCACAGACGACGGUCUAGGCAAGGAGGUGUUCAUCCGAUACAAGACGGACCUGGAGCACGACGGAGCUUUCUACACGGACUCCAAUGGACGGCAGACCCUCAAGCGGAUCAGGGGCACGAGAGCCACGUACGAGCCUCUAGAUUUGGACCCUAUUACAGGCAACCUAUACCCCGUGACGUCAAAGAUCUACAUCGAAGACAAGAGGAAGAACAUUCGUUUCUCGGUGUUCAACGACCGGUGUCAGGCCGGGGGCGCCUUGAUAGAUGGCGCCAUUGACCUCAUGCUGCAUCGGAGAAUACUUACCGAUGAUAUAGGAUUCGGAGCAUUUUUGAACGAGACAGAAAACGACGAGCCGAUUAGAGCGGCCGGAACCCACUAUAUAUACCUCUCUAAGGCGCACAGAAACAAAAUAUUCGAAAAGAAAUUCGCUAAAGAAAUAUAUUUUUCACCCCGCGUUUUAACAUCCAACCAUUUAAUGUACACAGAUAAUAUGCGAAAACAGUUCUACGAUAGUAAAAACGAAUAUAGCGCUCUGAAAGAAAAAUUACCACUAGGUGUGCAUCUUUUGACUAUAGAAAGAAUAACUCGAGAAGAAAUGUUAGUGCGACUAGAAAAUUACUUGGAAAAGGUAGACGCGACGAGCGAUGGAAUCCGAUAUGUGCGUCUAAGAGAUCUAUUUAGAGAUAUAAAGGUGCUAUGGUUGAAAGAAACGCUGUUAGCUGGUAAUAUUUAUAAGGAGGAUUGGAAGCCGACUCGAUGGAGGAAGAAGAAUUUGUUUUAUAGAAGAUUUAAUGAUUAUUAUGGGGGUAAUGACACUUUUGAAGAAGAUGAAUUGGAUGUAGGUGACGAGUUGGGUGGGAGAGGUGUUAGAUUAGCUCCGCAGCAGAUUAGGACGUUCAUUGUUAAGUAUAAGUAUAAUAAAACAUAG